CUGUGAGGCUCAGUGACAAACAGCUGUCGCGAGUUGUGGAAAUUCCCAUUUGUUGUGGUUGCUGGUGAGCGUUGCGUCAUUUGCGGUCUGGCAGCGCUUUUUUUCCCGGCAAAAGGAAGUGCACGCGUUGUCAAUCAACUUCCCGCCCUCCGUCGCGACCUUCUCCACCACUUCUUCCCUCACCCACAUCCACCUCGACCUAUCCACCACCUCUUCCAUUGCAAACUUUUGAUUCCCGCGAACCUCAGGUGGAGCUGUUUUUGAUCUACUUUUUAUUGAGCUUUGUCGCGCAUCAUGGCUGAGGAUACCCCUACUGCCUCGGCACCUGCCCCCGACGCCGCUGAGUCGGUCGAGCGCGCCCCUGCUGAACCCAAGGAGUCCGCGCCAGAGGCAACCAAGGAGAAGGAGGAGACGGCCAAUGGAUCGGAAGAGAAGCCAUCGGGAGAUGCAACUGCCACCGAAGAAAAGAAGGAGUCAGAUGAAAAGUCCGCUGAGAAGCCUGGCGCGUCCGAGUCUACUGACGCGAAGAAACCUGAAGAGAGUGCUGCACCUGCAGAGUCAGAGGCUGCCCCUGCCCCGGAGGCUAACGGAACCCCUGCGUCGGCUAAGAAAUCCGGAAGCACAAAGCGCAAAUCAACUGGCGCCGUGCCCGAACAUAAAUCCAAAUUGAACCGGAAAAAGUCGCAGGCUCGCAUGACGAACCUGAACGCGAAGCCAGGCGAGUACUAUCUAGCGCGCCUUCGCAGCUACCCACCCUGGCCAUCUAUCAUCUGCGACGAGGAGAUACUUCCUCAGACUCUUCUGGGUACACGCCCGGUGACCGCUCAGCGCUCCGAUGGCAGCUAUAGGGAAGAUUAUGCCGAAGGUGGCAAGCGUGCUCACGAGAGGACCUUCCCCGUGAUGUUCCUCGAAACGAAUGAAUUUGCCUGGAUUCCUAACACGGAUUUGACCCCGCUCGAACCCGCCGCCUGCAAGGAAGUGUCAGAGAAGGGCAAGUCGAAAUUGCUUUUGGCCGCAUAUUCCGUGGCUGCUGAUGGCCACGACCUUCAACACUUCAAGAGCUUGUUGGCCGAUCACCAGCGCGCCAUCGAACAGGAAGAAGAAGAGCGGGAGGCCCAGGCGGCCGCAAAGGCAGCUGCUAAGGCUGAAAAGGACGCUAAGAAGAACAAGCGGAAGAGCAUGGAGAUUGUCGAUGACGAAGAUAUUGACAUGGAAGAUGCAGACGAGGAAGCCAAGAAGCCUAAGAGCUCCAAGAAGAGGAAGAAGGAUGCUGAAGCCGACGCGGAGGAGAAGCCUGCUAAGACUCCCAAGACCGGAACCAAGCUCAAGCUGACGACCCCGAAGACUCCUGCCAGUGAGAAGAAGGCUCCUGCUUCGAGCAAGGCCAAGCAGACUGCCAGCAGCAAGAAGUCCAGCAAGGCUGCUGCCAGUGAUGAGGGUGAGGAGAGUACUCCCGCGGCGCCUAAGGAGCCAGAGAAGCAGGUCAAUCCCGAGGAGGCUAAGGCCAAGAAGGAGAAAGAGAUCCUUUUCGUUCGCCAUAAGCUUCAGAAGGGCUUCAUUUCCCGUGACCAACCUCCCCAGGAGGAAGAGAUGACAUCGAUGUCAACCUACUUCACUAAGUUGGAAAAUUAUCAAGACCUGGAGGUUUCCAUCAUCCGUUCGACGAAGAUCAACAAGGUUUUGAAGAUGAUUGUCAAGCUUAGCUCCAUUCCUCGUGAUGAGGAAUUCCAGUUCCGUCGCCGUGCUGUGGAUCUCUUGUCCAAGUGGAAAACUGUGCUCGAUGCAGAUACCACUCCAGGCCCUUCAGAGAGGAAGCCCAAGGCCAACGGUAUCCACAAGGAAGAUAGCGUGGAUACCCCUGCUCGUGGAGAAACGGAAGGCGAAAAGGAGGAUGAGCCCAAGCCAACCAAGUCCGAAACCAAGGACGAGGAAAUGACCGAUGCGGAUGCUAAGGAGAAGACCGAGGCCCCUGAUGCAGUAAAGGAGGAAUCCGACAAGACGGCCCCCAAGACCGACGAACCAGCCGCUGAAAAGGCCACAGACACAAAGGGUUCUGAGGAGAAGACAACAGAGGAGAAACCUACCGGAGAGAAAGCAGAGGAAAAGACCGCAGAAGCUUCUGCAUAA